UAAUCGCAGUCUCGUCCGCAACAUCGCGCCGUUUCUACGUUCUAUGACUAAUACGCUGACCACAAAUCGCAGUAUUAUUCCCAAUGCACAGUGCACAGUAAACACAUAUACGGCGUUUCGUCGGUUCAUAUUUAUUUUUUUUGUUCGCCCGUCUUUUUCGCCGUCGUCUCGCGACGCGCAGUGCGCACAAGUGUCUGUUCGUCACGGUUCGCGCUGGUCGGUUUCGCUUUAACCGCACGAGCUCGCCUCGCCCCUACGAUAUGUUCCAAACUCGGUUAGCUUACUUGAAUAAUUUGGUUUUCGUCGCUUCGGUCAUGUGAUCGUUUAGCACGUGUUUGUUUCCACCGUCGACGGUAUUAAUUUUCACGCGAUCGUAUGUGCGCGACGAUGUUAGUACCGUCGUCGGGCCAUCCCAACCAGAUUCUUCGGUGAUUUACUUAACACCGCCGCACCUGCGUCAUUGCCCCCCUCCACAUCAUCCUGCGUUGAAUAGCCGCCAUUUUUAUUUUAGUCACGCGCGCGUGUUCACUUGGUUCACUUACCGUCCAACCGUGGUAGCGUGAGUAUCUGUGUCCUCCUAAACCUUAUAAGCCAGUUUUCGUGGCCAUGGAAAACACUGAUGAACCACCAGCGCGGGACGGAGACCAACCGUCCGAGGACGAUAGUCUCGAUCCCGAAGAACUUGUAGAAGAUCAACACUAUUUCGACAAACUGCAGGUGCACCUUCAGUCUUUCUUGCCAUUUCUUACCAAAGUGAUCGACAAUAGGGAAUUGUUGGAAAUUCAACCCGAUCAUGUGUCCAAGUUGCAGUGUUUGUAUGAACUGGUGGACGGCAAAAGAUUUUUAAUGGGUUUGGAUUUAUCUUAUGAUUUAUGGUUGUCGCCAGAUCGAUUAAAAACUUGUAGAAAAGUAUUUUAUGAUUUAUAUGAUAGCUACAGUAGUCCAUUAAACUAUUAUUUACCUCAAGAUUUUAAAACUAGUUGGAUGAAAGAAACUAAGUUAAAUGACAAUGAACAGAAAAUAUUCUCAGAAGUAGAUUGUACACUUAAUAAAAGUAAUCAAAACCAAAAUAGUAAGUCUGAACUCUCCAAUAAAAUAUCAGUACCAAGUACUAGUCAUGAUAAGAUGGUAAACAUUCUACCGGAUAGUCUUGAUGAUUUGACACCAAAUAAUGAGAAUACUAUUAAUAAAAACUUAGAAAAUUUUAAAAUUAGCGAUUCAUCUAGUAGCAAAAAUUUACUCAAUGAUUCUAUGCCCAAAAAGGAUGAUCUACCUGAGUUUUCAGACAGUCGUUUAAGGCUUAAUAAGAUAAUUGGUUUUGCAGCCAAUGCUUCUAUUGAAAAACUUAAUAAGUCUGAUGCAUCUAUUCCACACACUGAACUUACAACGCAAAUUUUUAAUGAAAUAAUUGAACAGAAUAAUGGUCCAGUUCUUUAUAAAGACAUGUUGAAAGGCAUCAACAUUGACGAUAUUGAUGUUAACUAUGUAAAAAAUGUGAUAGAAGGUAUAAAAAAAGCUAGUUGCGUGGAACCUGUUCAACCACCACCAUUACCACCAUCAGAUCUUAUGGAUUUGGGAGCAUCAAGAGUAAAUUUAAUAACAUCCACUGAAUCAAAUUCCAAUGAAAUAGUAACUCAUGAUAAUAUUUUAUUAAGUAAAUCUACUACCACGAGUUGUGCACAAACUAACACAGAGAUAAAUAAAUUGCAUAAAAUUAAUUCAUCAAAUGAUAUUAGACAAAAAUUUAUAUCUGCAUUAAAACCAGGUACAUUAAUUGAUCUUGAAAAUUCAAAAGUAAGUCGUACUUCAUUACAUAUUGAGUCUCUUAGACCAGUUAUCAAAGCAAAUGAGAAAAGUAACGAUUUUAUGACAUCUGUUGCUGAUGUAAGUGUACCCCGUGAUCCAAGAAUAAGAAAUAAAUCUUUAUUAAGUUCUGAAAACAGCGUUAGUCAAAUUAAUACACAUCCGUCAUUAAUAUCAAAUGUACAAAACACUUUUUCAACUAAUAUUCCAACUCUCUUUGCUUCAAAUAUAGACAAUUCAAAUACCACAUUGUUUGAAACUAGAGCACAAGAAAUGUCUGGAUAUAAUGAUCCAAGUCUACCAAAUCAUAUAAAUAUUAAACUGUCCAAUCAACCAUUUUUUUCAGAACACAAUAGUGGUAACUCUAUUCAUUUUAAAAAUAGACCGUUUCCUCAAAAUCAAAACAGACGUAAUGAUCAUCAAAAAAAUGAUUUUAAUCUAUUCAGUAAUUCUACCCAAAUGCAUGUUACUCCAUCCCAUAGUGAACCAAUGGUAAAAUAUUGUGAACCAGUGCCAUACAAGUCUCACACUAAUGAUAUAGUAUCUAAGAGAGAUCCAAGGUCUUUAAAAAAUAUUUCAGUUAUAAAUAGAGUUCAGUUUCGUAAUUAUAAAGAAUAUAGAGAAGCUAAAUAUGGCAAAGAACAAAAAGGUAUUGAAAAGAAUAAACAAAUGAACCAUAUUUAUGAAAAAAUUGAAAAAAAUAACAUAAUUAAUUCUUCUUAUAAUACUUUUGGAAUUGUAAAUGAAACAGCUAAUAUUAAAAGUUUUAAGAUACCAAAAAUUAAACAUAAUGAAGAUCUUAUUGAUAAUAAAACAAUAAAGGACUCUAAACCUAAAACGUUUGAGAGUAAUAAAAAUAAUGUAGAUGUCUUAAAAGCUGAGAAAAAUUCCAAAAUAGUUAAAAAAACUAAUACAAUUCUUAAACAACAUAUAGAAGAUGGUCAGAAAACUGAAAUAAAAAAAAGUUAUGAUCUAAAAAAAACAGAUGAAAUAAAUAUUGAUAAAAACAUAGAAAUUGAAAUAACUGAAAAUAGUAAUAUAGAUGAAGAUCUUAAAAUGAAAAUAAUGGUUAAUAAUAAUUCAGAAAAUGAAGAAAAAUAUCCAGAAAUCAAUCUUGAAAAAAUCACUGUUAACAUUCCAAGUGAGAUUAAAAAGGAUGAACUUGAUUCUAAAUCUGAACAAAAUAACAUUUUAAUUGAACCUAUUAAAAAUAAAAAGCCAAAGAAACCAAAAAAGUAUUCCAAGGAAAAAGAAUUUGAAAAAAUUGUAAAAGAAGCCGUUGAGAGUUCAUAUGAUAAUGAGUGUGGUCCAAGAACUAGAACAAGAUUUUCUCUUUUGAAAAAAGAUGAAACCUUAAAAACUUCUAAAGUAAAUAAAUCAAAGUCUGAAUUAAAAAAAAGUACCCCAUCAAAAAAUAAUAAAAAAUUGGAAUCUGGUGAAUGUAGUAAGAACCUUGAUAAUGUAUCAAUUCUUAACAUGAAAGAUGAUAUUAAACCAAUUGAAAUCGGUCAUAAUAUCAUAUCGUCUACUUCAAAAGAACAAUCAGAAGUUGUCAAUUCUACAACAACUGAAAUCUUGAGUAGAAGUCAAGAAGAAAAUUUAGUUUCCUCUAAUGAGAUUAAUUCUACAGCAGACAACCCGAAAAUUGAUGAGAAAGUUUUGAUUGACAUUUUAAAAAAUCCAAAGUUUAUGACAGUCAUAAGCAUAUUUCAAGAUGAAAAUAAAAUGGAAAAACUUAACAAAUUGUUAGAAAGUUCAGAUGUUAAUAGCAAUAAUGAUCAAUUAAAAAAUAAAGAUAUAUUAGAUGAAGAACAACUUAAUAUUGACAAACAAAAAAAGCUUAAAAGAAAAAUGAAAAAAGAAAAAAGGAAACGAAAAAAAAUGAAGAAAAAUCUUAGUGAAGAGUCUUCUAACGAAGAAAGUAUAAAUGACAUUUCAGAUGAUAAUAAUUUAAAUCAAGCAGAAAACAUAGUAAUAACCAAAAAGAAAAAUGAUACUUUAAAUGAAUUAAAUAAAGGAAAUAUUAGUUCUGAUAAUGUCAAUGAUCAUUCAUCAGCUGAUCAACAUAAAUUAAAAGCUGUGAAACGUAAAAAAUCUAAAGAAACCUAUGGAAAUUUUAAAAUUCUUAAAGACAAAUGUAAACCUGAAUUAAAAGAUUUAAAAAUUGUUCUUGCUAAAUAUGAUAAAAAUAUUAAAAGAAUUGAAAACUGUAAUUUAGGUAUUUCCAGUACAAACAAUGAUAUACUAAUCAAUAAUAAACCAAUAAAUACUGAAAAAGCACAAGAAAUAAAACCAAAAAAACCUUUUUUAGGUCCAUUAAGUGUUAAAUUAGCAAGACAAAAAAUGGAAAUUGAACGAAAUAAUUCUAAAAAUAAACGAGACGUUAAAAACAAAUUUAAAUUUGAAACUAAAUCAGAUGGGAAGGGAUUAAAAUCUACUAAUUUUUAUAACAGAAAUAGUAAACUUAUUUCUGAAACCUUAACUAGUAUAAUGAUAGAACAGCCAAUUGUUGUAUUAAGUCCUUUACCAGAUCUUAAACCAUUUGAAGAAAAUAUCUCUAAUAAAUCAGCUGUGCAGAAUCAAAAUACGUCUACUGUUAUUGAAUCAAAUGUUCAUGUUAGUAAACCAGAAUUUAAAAAGGCUAGAUUGUCAGAAUUAGACAAACUUCAUGCUGACAUUAGUGAAAUGUUUGAUUGUGAAGCUGUGUUAAAUGCUUCAAAUAUACGACAAUGUAGAACUAAUAAACAAAUUGAUUAUGUAAAUACAAAUAUAGUUUUGUCAAAGAAAAAGAAAGCAUCUAAUAUUGAACAAGUGGAUUGUAAUGAUGAUCAAAUUGAAUUAAUUUGUGGUGUAGAAAAACCAAAAAACACUAAAAAGAAAGUUAAAAAAUCUACAGUUAAAUUAAAUACAAAAAAAAAAUAUAGUAAACAAUCAAUGGCAAAUAAAACUUUACCACCAGUAAUUGUGAAAACUGCAGUUUUAAAUAAAAUGUCUAAUAAACAACCAAAUAAAUUUAAAAAAAAAAGGGAGGGAAAUAAGAAAUUUAAGAAGUCUAGUCGUAACCAAUUGAAUAAUUCCAUUAAUAAUGUGGUAUUGAAUGACGAAUCUGAAUUAAAUGAUGUGUCAAACAAUGUAAUAUCUACUGAAAUAAUGCCUAAAGUUUUAUCAGAAAAUGACUUUAAAGACAAAUCUUAUUUUCAAACUUCUGAUAAUAUUUUGGAAUGUAAAUUUUGUAAUUAUAAGGAUAAAGGAUUAAAUAUUGUUCGUCAUUAUAAAAUUCAACAUUGUAGAGAGGAAGUAUUACCAUCCAGAUUGUCUAAGAAUUGUAUUGAAUCAUUAAUACAUCAAUCUAUAAAAGAGAAUUUCGGGUAUCAAAAUUCCCUAGAUUCAAAAACAUUUUCUCUUGGGUCUGUAAAUGAUAAUUAUACUUGUGUUUUUUGUCAAGUUGUUUUUCAUGAUUAUUUUAAGUUUCAUAAUCAUAUAACUAGUCAUACUGGAGAAUACAGAUUCAAAUGUAAGAUGUGUAAUCAUAUUUAUUCAAAUGAAGAUGAAUUAGAUAUACAUAUUUUAGAACACACCGAUUAUGAUAAAACUAAUGGAAUUUCACAUUUAGUUUAUCCAAAUCCAAUUUGGAGUAAAGUAGUUUUUGGAUAUUUAUGUUCCUUUUGUUAUUAUGUUCAACUUGAUUACAAUAACAUAGUCAAACAUAUGGCAUCACGGCAUUUUUAUGAAGAUAAAAAAUUGAAUAGCCAUUGGACAGUGAUACGUAUUAGUAUGUCUUUGGCAGAUGAAAAUUAUAUUGAUUCUUCAAUUAGUUUUGAUACUUUGGAAGGUUGUUUACCUCCUAUAGAGGCUGAUCAAGUUAUUUCUAAAAAGAAUGAAGAUCAAAACCAAUCAUUAACUGUAAGAGAUUUAAUUAUACAAUCAAAAAAGCAAAUACAAUCUGAUUCUAUUUCAUCUAUUAAAAAAGAAUAUGUCGAACAAAAUAUUAAUGAAAUUCUACCUCAGACAAUUAUUGAUGAGAAUCUGUCAGAGAUACCUAUUUUUGAAAAUUUACCAGAUUUAACUAUUGAUAACAAUUCAGCAAAGUCAUCUAUUGAUAAAAAUCCUCCAGAGUUAAAUAAUGAUGAAAAUCCACCACAUUUAACUAUUGAUAAGAAUUCAGCAAAGUCAUCUAUUGAUAAAGAUCUUCCAGGGUUAAAUAAUGAUGAAAAUCUACCAGAAUCAGUUAUUGAUGUGAAUCCUCCUGAAUCUAAUAUGUUAACAUAUUUACCAGAUCAAAAUUAUCAACAUGAAUCAAGAAUCAGCACAGAAGAGUUUGAUAUUACAAAUUCUGAAUACACAUUAAAAGAGAAUUCUACAAAAUGUGUUUUAGCUGGUUUAAGUUGUGAAUUGAUAAAUUCAAUGUUAUUGUUCAAAUGCUCAGUAUCGAGUUGUCUAGAAAAUCAAUUUUCAACUGUAAUUUUCAAUGAUUUUUACAAACAUAUAAAUCAGAAUCAUCGAUUUGUAGUUUGGGAUGGAAAAUGCAAAGCAUGUCAUCACAACUUCAAGUUGGUUUCUGAACAAUAUUAUGUAAAAAAUGCAUUUGAACAUUUAGUUUCUCAUCAUUUGAUUCUAAAGAGUAAUGAACAAUCCAAUUCAAUAAUAAAUCUCGGAGGUUCAAAGGUUGACCAAAGUUUAUCUUCUUGUCUAGACAUGGCCAAAAAUACUCCAAUUAUUGUAGAAAAGUCAUUAAGAGUUCGUUGUUUGCCUGGUGAUACAUUAUCUAUUCGUGAAGCUUCAAUGACAAAUGAAGAAAAAACAAAUUUGUUUGAAGAUAAUCGUGUGUUUGUCCUAAGAAAUGACUUAACUCAGGGAAUAAUAGGAAAUAUCAGUUGUAAAAAAAUAAAUAAUAUGUUAUUGUUCCAAUGUAUUGAUGAAUCAUGUCCAAAUACAUGUUCAACAAUAUUUUACAAUGAAUUUGUAAAACAUAUUAAAUCAUAUCAUAAGAUAACCAGUUGGAAUGGAAUGUGCAAUAUUUGUGGAUCUGGAUUUUGGAGAAAUUUUAAUAGUCUGUUCAUGGAAAAUGCUCUAGAACAUUUAGUUUCCCAUCAUUUACUUGAAUGCCAAAAAAAUGUAUAUAGUGCUCAUAAGCCUAGCAAUUCAAGUAUAAGCAAUAUUUGUGAUAUGUCUGUUAAUAAACCACCAAGUGAUCAAUCAAAUUCCAUUGACAAAAAUGUGAAUCUAAGCAUUAAUCAUGGUUCUAAUGAGGGAAGGUUUCCAUUUUUGAGUUCAUGCAAUGGUGAUGUUAAGAGUUUAAAGGUAAAAGUAAACACUUUUAAAAUGAACUCAAGUGCGUCUGAUAACAAUGAUCUUAAUAUGUGGAUGAAAACAAAGACAAAUUGUGAGCUUAUUCUUCCAAAUUCAGAAAUAUUUCUUGAAGCAGGGCAACAAAUUGUUAAUAAUGGUAUACCCAUAGAUGGUACAAUUUAUUUAAUAGACACAGCAUAUAGAAAAGAUUAUGAAAAAAAAGUACGAGAUUUACCAAUGAAUGUGAUGAAAACAAAAUUAGCUUUUAAUGAAAUGUCUGCUCUGCCAAGACUAUUGGGUCUUUUUAAAUGUAUGGACCGAACUUGCACAAAAAUUUUUAAUUCAAAAGAAUUAUUUAAAUUACAUAUGAAAUUACAUUUUUCAAAUACAGAGAAAAAAAAAAAAAACCAAAUUUACAAUGUUGAACAGUUUAAAAUGUGUGCCUACUGCUUUAAAAUGUUUGACGAUGAAGAAUCUUUGACUAACCAUAUUGUUGAUAAAUACACUUUUUGUGAAUAUUUUUGCCCUUAUUGCUUUUAUCGUGCUUAUACUGCCUCUCAUGUUUUAGUUCACCAGUCUGUAAUUCACACCAAAAUAUCAAAACAUCUCAUAAUAAAACUUGAAUAUGAUGAUGGUGCUUGCAACUAUCCAAAAGAAACGUUAUCGGUAGUAGACUUCAAGGAAUUUGUAUUGCCUUACAAAUGCAACGUUGGUUGCUGUGCUUUUUCUUGUUAUCUCCAUAACGAAUUCACAGUUCAUUUGAAUGAAGAGCAUCAACAAUGUGAUAAGUUUUGUUGUUACAUUUGUGCUAAUGAAGAUGACGGUGAAGGAUUUUUUGCUCUCCAUCCAAGUUUAAUGAUUACACAUUUCAAGCUUCAUAACUUAAAUAAAUAUCAAUGUAUUUUCUGCUUGUUUGGAAGUGAAAUUAUUGAUUCAAUGAUAAAACAUUUAGCAUUUGAACAUUUUGAAUAUGAGCCUUUAUGCUUGGAGCGUUCUACGGUAUCUAAUAAUUGCGAUUCUAAAAAUAUAAAAAAUCUGAAAAUUUUAAGAUUGAAAAAAGUCAUUGAAAACGGAAUUAUAGAGAUAGUAAAUCUACCAGCGGAUACAGUUUCUUUACCUGAAGUUUUGCCACAAAAAUCUAAAAAAAGAUCUAUAGAGUGUCCUGAUGUCCUUUCAGUAGCUAUGAAAUCUGCUCGUAUUGAUGAAGAAUCUCAACCAUCAGAUACGAUUGUUAUUACAGUUCCUGAUAGAGCACAAAUGACAGAAAGUAGUACAUCAUUAUCCAUUGAUAAUGAAUUUAUUAUGAUUGAUGAUGUGAAACAAAAUGAUAUGCAAGAAUCACUGAAAAUAGAUUGUAUUUGGUCUGAAUCUAAAAAAAAAGAAAAAGAUCCAAAAGUAUCAUCAAAUGAUGAUAUUAUUGUUAUUGAUGAUGAAGAUGAAGUUGAUUUGUCAGAGAAAGAAGGACUUGAGGAUUCGUCUAAACAAAUAUGUUUAGAGAGAGAAGAAUCAACCAAUGGAUCAAUUAAGACAAAAAGAUUAGCAUUUCCAAUUAUUGAAUUGGAUAAAUUGUUUGUCUGUAAAGAGUGUGAAAAAAUUUUCUCAAAUGGUGAUAUUUAUUUUACCCAUCUAAAUGAAUGUCCUUUUUGGGAUAGUGCUGCUGGAAAAAAAUGUAUGUAUUGUGUUAAAGUAUUUAAAACUCAAAUGAACAUGACUGAACAUAUCAAACUUCACGGACCUGAUCGUUUCAAUUGCUAUUUAUGCAAUAUAAAUGUACCAUCCCAACGCGCUAUUACGCAUCAUAUGAAACAUAUACAUAAAAUUACAAAUUUAGAUUUUGUACCUAAACAUCCUAAUUAUACCAAUCUGAAUAAAGAUAAUUUUAUUGUCUAUGGAGAUAAAACAGUGGAGCAGAAGAAACAAAAGCUUAAUAACUUGUUAACGUGUAACAAGUGUUCAUUUAAGGGCAAUACCCGUAAAGUUAUUAUGUCUCAUAUGAAGGAUGUUCAUAAUGCUGAGAAAAAUGUUGAUUGUGAAGAUAAUUCAUAUGGUAAGAUAAUGCCAUAUCAACCAAAUGAUACAAAUAACUCUGUCAAUUCUUUAAUACCUCAAAAAAAUACAAGCUUGAAAAGAAAACGUUCUACUAAUUCUGGCAAUCAGAAAGGAUCAUUAAAAGUAAAACCUAUUAUUAAAGACAAAACAAAAAACUUGUGUUUUUCUCCUGAUACUAUUGACAGUAUUCCAAAGUCUCAUAUAUUCUCAGAUCCAAUUGGUUGUUUAUUAUGUACAUACAAUACAAAGGUGCGGUCCAAUCUAAUUAUACAUUUGAAUGGACAUACAAAAGGACGAGAUAAUACUACUAAGGAAAUUGUUAAUCCUGUACCUUCUAUUGGAAAGUCUGAACUUAUGUUUGACAAGAUGAUAAAUCUUUCUGCUAGUUCAUUUGAUGCUAUGAAUACUGAAAAGAUGAAAAGAGAUGAACUUGAUAAGAAAAUUGUUGAGGUAGCCCCAGAUGACAAUUUUAAGACAGAGAUAUUUCCACAGUUCGUUCCAAAAAAUAUGCGAUAUAAAUGCUCAAUACCUCUUUGUAAUUAUACAGGUAUGACAGAGGAAAUGCUAAAGUCGCAUAUAUCAAUUCUUCAUUCCACCUACCAAUGUUACAUGUGUCCACAUUGUGUACCUCCAUGCAUUACAUCUAAAACUAUAGAACGAAAUCAAAUAGAAUUUCAUUUAAUGCACCAUGGUGAAAAUUUAUAUAAAUGUCAAUAUUGUGACUACAUUGACUUCAAUAGAGUUGAAAUGAGAACUCACAUGAGAAAUACCCAUCUAUCAGAAAUAACCAAUUCAGUACAAUCCAAUAUGAUUGUAAUUAGAAAAACAAUGUUAGAAGAUGAUAGUAUUGACAGAGGUAGAAGCAAAGUUCCGUCUAAUGUGGCUCGAUGGGUAUGCAAUAUAUGCUCUACUGGUAUGAGAUAUACUGAAAAUGAGAUAACAUCACAUAUUCUUAUUGCUCAUAAAGUAACAAAUAUGUUUAAAUGUCCAAUGUGUCAAUUUGAAAACAAAGACGAUAAUGCUAGUACAUUUGAAGAACAUUAUAAAUCGCAACAUCCAUCGGUAGCAGUAAAGUGUUUAAGAGUAUUUGAAAUGAUUACUGAUAAAGAAGAGUCACACAAGCAAUAUUUGGGAGGCGCAGAAAACAUUCUAGAACAGCAAGCUUUAGAAAGUAUUGAACCUACACUUGUGCCUCCUACUUGUCGAGGAAUACCUAUUGAUUCUACACCAUUGAAAAUGAACAAUAAAUCUCGUGGUAUGUCAAAAAGUCCAAAAUCAGCAACUAAAAGCUCUUCAAUUCAACCUCAUAAACAGAAAACGUUAAUAGACGUUUUCAAUAAGAAUGAUAAGUUAGGAACAAUAUCUUCCAAUGGUCAUUUUGUUUGUCCUAAGUGCUAUGUUUUUGAAACUAUUAACAUAGAACUUUUCCGUGAGCAUUUAUAUAAAGAAGUCAACUAUAAAACAUGGAAAUGCUUGAAAUGUUUUGAAAUAUCUGAUUCUCCUAAGAAAAUGGCAUGGCAUGUUAAAAAACAUGGAAUUGGAAGCAAGUAUGAAAAAAUUGAAGAUGGCGAGAAAUUAAAAUGGGUUGAUAGAGUUAUUGGACAUCAGCAUUUGUUAUUAACUGAAUUCAAUAAAAACAGUAAAGCAAAACAUGUAAAAAGUGUCGAGUCAAAUAAAACUGUAAUAGUUAAUAAUAAAAGGACAUCUUAUUCUCCAAUUAAAAAAAAAAAUACUGAACGUGAGAAAAAAGUAAUAUUAGUCCCUCAGUUGAGCCCUGAUCCUGUAUCAAAUGACGAUAUCAUUAAUUUGAUAGAUGAUUCUGAUGACGAAUAAUUUGGCAAUUAAUAAUUAUCAUGUAUCUAAGACUGACAAAUUGGCUGUUUAUUAAUUAAAUAAAAAUGUACUAUCAUUCCGAUAUAGUUGGAGAUUAUGUUUGAAAUUAACAUUUCAAUACUAAUGUUAUUUGUUUAUAUUUAAUGUGUGUUAAUAUCUCAAAAUUAUAAUAAUUAUGUAUAAAUAUAUUUAUAGAAGACUGUUAUAUUUAUCAUUUUUGAUUACCACCUAUGUAUUUAUUGUAUGAAAUGGCUAAUUUAUUUAUUUUGUAGUAUUAGGUGAAAAUAAUUAUGAUUUUAUAUUUCCUAUGUUUUCAUUACUUUGUAUAGAAACUUGUUUAUGUAGAUUAUUGAACAGGUGAAAAUCACUUAUAACCUUUUUUUGUGAUUAGUUUGAU